AAAAUUCCACUGCAAGCCCAACAACUUCACUGACCUCCACAUCAGCUGGUGUCUCAACAAACGCAAUAUCAUCAACACCAACACUGUCCUUGACUGAAGUUUCAACAACUGAAGAAUCCAAGGUCACUCCAGUGGUUUCUUCAACACCUGUGGCAGAAUCAUCGACUGCAACUUCACAGCCAUCCACAGAAGCUCUGACAUCUACAUCGGCUUCUGCUUCAACAACCACAGCAGCAGAGACAUCUACCGCAAGCUCCACACAAUCAUCAUCAUCUGAAGGAACAACAUUGACAUCAAUCCCCACGACAACUGCAACAGAAACUUCCACUGCAAGUACAUUGAGCUCAACAACUUCACCGACCUCCACAUCAGCUCCCGUCUCAACAA